ACAUGGCUUCAAUUGGCUGCGAAUCAGUUCAUAAUAACGAUAUUAAGACACAGUUUGUUACUCGCGAAGGAUAUUACAAACUGAUGACUUCAGCCGAGUAUUCGCGACCCAAUCGUUUGGGUUACGCCACACAAACCAAUAAUACUGCCGUAAAAGUAUCGUUUGUCACCCAAAUUACAUCUAAUAGUAGCAACAAUGACACCAACAGCUCAAACAACUCUAACACUUCCAACACAUCCAACAUCACCACAACGACCACCGAUCGUAUCUGUUUUAAUGUUGGCCGAGAGCUGUAUGUCUAUAGUUAUAAAGGCGUUAAAAAGGCCGCAGAUUUGACAAAACCAGUGGACAAACGCGUAUAUAAGGGAACGUAUCCGACGUGUCAUGACUUUAAUUCAUCAAACAUUAGCUCGGAUUCAGUUUAUUUAUUGGUUGGUUUCAGUGCCGGACAAAUACAACUGAUUGAUCCGAUUAAGAAGGAAAUGUCUAAAUUAUAUAACGAAGAACGUUUAAUUGACAAAACAAAAGUAACAUGUCUUAAAUGGUUACCAAAUUCGCCCAAUUUUUUCAUAGUAUCGCACAGUAGCGGACAAAUGUAUGUUUAUAAGGAAGACCUACCGUGUGGUACAACACCACCGCAUUACCAGAUCUUCAAACAGGGCGAUGGCUUCUCUGUUUAUACGUGCAAAACAAAGAGCACUAGAAAUCCGAUAUUUCGCUGGAUUAUCGGCGAAGGAUCGCUCAACGAAUUUGCUUUUAGUCCGUGUAGUAAAUACUUAGCAACCGUUAGUCAGGACGGCUUUCUUAGAGUCUUUAAUUACGACACAAUGGAACUAAUUGGUCGAAUGAGAAGUUACUUCGGAGGCCUUCUUUGUGUUUGUUGGAGUCCUGAUAACAAAUUUGUUGUUACCGGUGGUGAGGAUGACUUAGUGACUAUUUGGUCAUUUACUGAAAAAAGAGUAGUGGCCAGAGGUCAGGGACAUAAAUCAUGGGUUAGUGUUGUGACGUUUGAUCCUUUUACUACUAGUUAUAGCGAAAACUUUGAUUUAAGUGGUAGUGAAGAGGACAACUCCCAACAACUACAACCAACUAGUGUUUUGAACAAUGAGUCCAACAGAACAACUAAUUCUUCAAAUAUGUAUUCAGGAGUUAACAGUAGGUCUGCGAGUACAUCGAGAUCAGAGUCGGGGAGUUUAAACAGAUUAAACAGAUCGACAUUUUCACAAAACAUUACGGCCUAUAGAUUAGGAUCUGUAGGACAGGACACUCACAUAUGUUUGUGGGAUUUAAGUGAUGAUGUGCUCAAACAACCUGUGGGUCGUUCGCGGACUAGUAUUUUAUUGCACAGUCCGUCAACUCAGUUAUCGUCGAUGUCGGCUACAAAUACAUACCUCACACCGAAAGUAAAUAAUUUGCAGACAACUAAUUGUGUGCCCAAAGAAAACAGUGUCACCACAGACUCAAAUAUAUUAUUAACAAAUCAUGUCAUCAAAACAAAUGAUAAGAAGGAACACAAAAGAAAUUUCAGUUUAGGUUCGCGUAAUAGUGAUAAAAAUAGUGUUAAUAAAACAAGUCAUACAAAUAAACUGAUAGACGACCCAAACCGUCUAUUAGGGACACCCAUAUGUCCCCGACUCGAUGAAGUGCCACUCUUGGAGCCACUUAUCUGUAAAAAGAUAGCUCACGAGAGACUCACAUCACUUGUCUUUAGAGAUGACUGCUUUGUUACGGCUUGUCAGGAGGGAUAUGUAUGCACAUGGGCUCGACCGGGCAAAUGGGGUAAUAUGCAAUUGAUAUCGAGUCCCAGUCCAAGUAUAGGCGCCGAAGUUAAUGAAAUGCUUGACGAUGGAAGCAGUACUGUAGUCUGACCUUACAAUUCAUAAUUAUAGUUAAAAUUACAAUUUAUAAAUUGUGUUGAACUAUAUUAUCGAUUAUUGUUCCUGUUAUGACAUCAUAUAUAUGGAAAAAACAUUUAUUACUGUCAAUU